AAACCUGAGGCGCGAGGGCUGAAACCUGGCGGAGCGGCGCUGGCGGAUCGCUCAGAGCGGUUUCGGGAGUUGGGCGGAGCGGGUUCCCAUCAGGUCCCGAAAGAUUCGGCGGGACGGGAUUGAUGGAGGCUUCUCGGAGACUUUCUCUGGUGAGCCUGCUGUCCUGCUGCUGAACUAACCACCCGCCUGGAGCUUACGCACAUCUGCAAGCUUCUUCCAAGCAGAAGGGGAGGCCAGGAGGAUGUCUGACGAGACGCUUUUGAGCAUGGAUGAGGGAGCGCUGCGGAAACUGCUGGAGGCCACACUGGACCUGGCAGAACGGCGGCAGAUUCGCUCCGCUAUCCGAGAGUUACGGCGGCAGGAGUUGGAGCGUGAUGAGGAGGCGCUGGCAUCCAAGCGCUUCCGGACGGAGCGGCAGGAGAACAAGGAAAACUGGCUGAGGUCCCGGCAGCUGGAGGAGGAGCAGCAGCGGCAGAAAUCUCUGGACGUACUCUCUGGGAAACUGGAGGCCAUCCAAGAUGUGGAGGAACUGACAACUUUGCUGCGAGGAGCCAGUGAGUACGAGGAACGCAAGCUUAUCCGGGCUGCUAUCCGCAAACUGCGUGCUGAAGAAAUUGAAGCUGCAGCCCUGGCCGGGAAGGUUUUCUAUAACCGGAAGGAGAAGAAAGAGACACUGGAAUCUAAGGAGCAGGAAGAAGACUCUGCAGAUGGAGGUAUUUCUGAGGUGCAGGAGCUAGCAGAGCGGGAGCUGAUCAGGGCCCAGAUCCGAGAGCUGAGGAACGAGCAGCACAGAGAAGCAAAGCCAGUAGACGUUCCCGACGUCUCCUCAGGGACCUUUCUGCUCCUGGACCCAGUUCCUAACCAGCUUUCUUCACGGCCAUCGUCUUCCUCCUUCUCAGAGCCUGAGUCGAGUGCCGAGGGCCCGGAGCCCAGCUCCCAUGACGAUAGUUCUGACACAGAAUCUCAGCCCACUUCCAAAGAGGAGAGCCCUCCUGGCACCUCAGGAGGAGAGGACAGAGAGGCAUUGAGGUCACCCACUGGAGAAGCCACCAGUGAUACCAUGCAGGAACAGUCGGAUAUGCUGAGCACUGAAAAAGAUGCCUGUCUUCCCGAAGAGCCCCACCCAAGUCUUCUGAGUAGUGAGAACAAGAGCACUGAGAUUGUGCUCCAAGCCCCAGAGAAAGAAGCAAAUGCAGCCUGCAAAGUGUCGGAUGCUCCAUCACAUGGCAUCCCGGACCACUGCCACAACACCGCACAGACUACCCCACAGCCAGCUGCCUCCACAGAUAUCCAUCGGGAGCAGCCCUUCCAGAGGUCUGGCUCUGUGUGGGAACGUGCUCGCAAGUUUAGCUCAGAGCCCCCCAGUAAAGCGGGCUCUUCUCCAGCCCCCCAGAAAGGGGAGACUGCUAGCAGGGGUUCUCGGGUCCUACAGCAGCAACAGCAGUUCCUGCACCUACAGCGAGGGGCAGACUUACCUGGGGGAGUCCGUGGCGGCAGUGCUGGCAGCGCACUCCAGGAUGGCACCAGGCAAACAGGGGGGUGCUGUGCUGGCACAGAGCAGGCAGCAAAGCCCACCUCCUCUCAAGCAAAAGCUGGAACAGUCAGGCCUUCUGCUCAGGAUGCUGCCAGCCCUAAAGAAGCUGGUGGCCCCAAGGGGAGGAGCUACAGCAACCAAUGGCAGGGCAGCAAGCUGACACCUGCCCGACAAUCCAUUGAAAAUGCCAAGGGGAGGUCUGCCGGCUCAGAGGAGUCCCGUGCCCAGCCGAGCACCUCCUCCCGCAAUCCCCUGCCUUCCCAAGCAGGCAACCCCAGCACCGACGACGCUAUGAAAACCCUUUUUACCAUCGAGAUCAAGGACGGCCGCCAUCAGCCCAUCCAAAGCCACGUUGUGGGCACGCCGGGAAACCAGCGGGCAGAGAUCACUCUGGGACUGAGAAGUGCCCCCAUCCGCAUCACUAGUACCGGCAACGUUGGUAGCGCCAGCCAUGCCAGCAGCAAUCAGAAGAUGGAUGCCAAGCUGCUGGAACAGCCCCAGGUGGCAGAGAUGGAGUUGUCCAAUGGCACAGAGAAGGAGAAGGUCCAGUCUCAGGAGAAUCAGCAGCGAGGCCGGCUGAGCGCUGAAGAGCUGAGCAAAAUUGAGGAGGAGGACGUGCUGGAUAAGAUGCUGGAUCAGACCACAGACUUUGAGGAGCGGCGGUUGAUCCGAGCAGCCAUGCGGGAACUGCGCCAGCGGAAGCGAGAACAGCGGGAGAAGGAGCGGGACCGGCGGCUGGAGGAGUCUAAGACCAAGGGGGCCAGUCACACCACAGAGACCGCCAUCCGGCAGAGCGCCAUGUCAGCCGACGGCUCAGCCGUCAGUACGGUCACCAAGACCCAGCGCCUCGUUCAGUCCAAUGAUGGCAGCAAAAGUUCCCGGAUGACAACGAUGGAGUCAAGCUUCAUGAAGAGAUCUGAAAAUGGCAACACCUUUGUCCAGACCAAGUCGUCCUUCAGCUCCUCAUCUUCCAAGAAAGUGGGCAGCAUUUUUGAGCGAGAGGACGAGAGCCCCAGCCGUGCAGGUAGCUUGGCUGCUCUGGAGCGGCGCCAAGCUGAGAAGAAGAAGGAGUUGAUGAAGGCUCAGAGCUUACCUAAAACAUCGGCUUCGCAGGCCCGCAAGGCCAUGAUUGAGAAGCUGGAGAAGGAGAGUGGGAGCCCAGCCAACCCAGCAGUUUCCCGAGUGGCUGUCCAGCGCUCCUCUAGUUUUGGGGUCCCCAAUGCCAACAGCAUCAAGCAAAUGCUUCUGGACUGGUGCCGGGCCAAGACCCGAGGCUACGAGCACGUUGACAUCCAGAACUUUUCCUCGAGUUGGAGUGACGGCAUGGCCUUCUGUGCGCUUGUCCACAAUUUUUUCCCUGAGGCCUUUGACUAUGCGCAGCUCUCGCCACAAGACCGACGGCGCAACUUCGAGAUGGCCUUCUCAGCAGCAGAGAAGCACGCGGAAUGCCCACAGCUGCUGGAUGUGGAGGACAUGGUCCGGAUGCGGGAACCGGAUUGGAAGUGUGUGUAUACGUACAUCCAGGAAUUCUAUCGCUGCCUGGUCCAGAAGGGGCUGGUAAAAACCAAAAAGUCCUAGUCUCCCCACCUGCGGAGCUAUGGGUGCUUGUGGACUGCGUGCCCUUGGUGGACGUAGAAGACAUGAUGAUCAUGGGGAAGCGUCCAGACGCAAAAUGCGUGUUCACGUACGUGCAGUCCCUCUACAACCACCUGCGGCGCCAUGAGCUCCGGAUGCGGCAGCAACACUUCUAGCCCCCCUUGGUACCCACCCCACCCAUCACACACACCUCUUCCAGGACGCCACCCUGCCCCCAAAGUGUCCAGCCUAGCCUGGCCCCAACCAGCGGGCUGCGGGUAACAGAGGAAGGCUUUACCCGCCCUGAUGUGUUCCUGUGGUCGACUCCCCCUCUACACGCACACACAUAUACUCUAUCUUCAGAGUGGUGGGGGCCAGCAGCAGCCUCCCCAUCCCCUCAGUAGCAGACUGGGCAGUUGGCCAUUCAAGCUAGCUGGAGGGGGUCGGCACAGACUUGCACUGUUCUGAAGAGAACACAGAGGGCUCGGCCUCCCCUCGUCCACACGUGCUUUUUUAUAUUAUUGUUGUUUACUGUAAGUUAUUCCUUUUAAGAAGUCUGUUUUGUAGCCUGCACAAUGCCCCUCCUCCCAGCACAGCAGAGCUGCUCUAUGACGAGAGAACUGAUCCUGCUCAACCAUCUUAAGGCUUCCAGCUUUCCUUCUCUUGCCAGCUUUGUGGCUCUGUUGACUCCCAAGAGUCCAGCAUGGCUGUUUUGUGUACACGUGGCCCCCAAGUCCUGCUUCCACCCCCAAGUGGGAUUCUUUGGCUGGGAUGACCACAGCACAGGGAAGAGGCAUGCUGAGGGGCUUUCCUCUCUUUCCAACCUGUACGGGAGGGCCUUGGCACCAAGCCUCCAGAAACAGAAGCCAAAUUGUACAUAGAUGUCAUACAUAGCCCCCUUGGGGCCAAACCUCUGCCCCUCCCUGAUUGCAGCUACUUCCCCCUGCCCAAGCAUUGGCGCUAAAUUAGGAACAAGGUGUUUGUUGUCGUUAGGAUUGAUCUUUGGAAACGUUUCAGAGUGCUCAAAGUGCGUUGCAACCGUUGUGUCACUUGUGGAAGCAAAGGCUUGAAUGUGAUUUGUGUUUUAGAGACAUCCGAGUUAACAUGCAUAUGGUUACACUUCUCGGCGCCACUGAGUUCAGUGGAAUGGCCUUACUAGGAAGAGGGAGAGCUAGAUUGGAGUUCAAAAGUAGUUCAGGAAGCUGCAAGGUUUCUAGGGUGCGAACUUUCGAGAGCCAACACUCCCUUUGUCAGAUAUCUGACCAAAGGAACUUUGACUCUUGGAAGCUCAUGCCCUGAAAAUCUUGUUAAUCUCCAAGGAGCUCCUGGACUCGAAUCUCGUUCUUCUACUGCAGGCCAACACAUGGCUACCCUCUGAAACUGGAAAGGGUGGCUAUGCUUUAGUGGGUUGUUACGGAAGAUCAAGUAGCAGCUAAGGGACAGAACUGGCGGCCUUCCCUUCUCUCCACAGUGGGGAAGAAAGGAUAGACUCUGAGUGUGUUGUGAGGCACCUUACCCUGCCAAUUGUUCCACUGGGCAAGUUCUCAUCCCCAAGUCAGCUGCUGCUACCUGUUUCCCUUUUGCAGCCCUGCUGGACCAGACCGUUGGUCCAUCUAGUCCAGCAUCCCAUUUCCAACAGCUGCUGGUGCUGGCAGCAUCCUGCCUCUUAGCCCCACUGGGCUAUCAUUGCUAUCAAGUCACAGCUGCCUUAUAAUGAAUCCCGUAGGGUUUUUAAGGCAAGAGGUGUUGAGAAGUGGUCUGCCAUUGAGACCCUGGUAUUCCUUGGGGGUCUCCCAUCUAAUCACUUGCCAGGGCCAAUUCUGCUUAGCUUUUGAGAUCUGACAAGGUCAGGCUCGCCUGGAGAAGGUCCAGGAGAGUAGCCACCAAUGACCUCUGUAAACCUGACACUCCUUCCCCAAUUAUUGCUCACUGAUUGUGUUGUGUACACGUGCAUGCUGAGCUCUGCAGUCUGUGCACCAGGCAUGAUCUUGUCCAGAGGAGUCACUGAGGCUGAGCUGUGUGCCUGAUGUCUCACUGCAGAGGAAAGUCUGCCUUGACUGUACCCCUUGAGCACUUAUGUUCUUCCUCUGGAUGCUCCAACCCUUUCAGUCUCCAACCAGGUGCUCUGUGGCCUCUUGCACAGCUGCUUUCUCUCCCCCCAAGGGGCUCACUCGCUUAGGAGUGAUGGGCAGCCAGCCGUGGGUUGGAAAUGGCUGAGCUGUUGGGAUCAUAAAAGAACAGGUUGGGCUCCUCCUGCUGCACCUCUGCCAGCCAGCCAGCCCUUACUGCACUGCUCAGCCAGCAGCCAAAUUGUAACCUUCUUUACACCAUCAACACAGGAAUGUCUGUUUCAGCACCAACGAAACAAUAAAAGUUUGGAUAGACGGUU